UUUGAUCCAUUUAUAUAUCUAGAAUUGCACACGACGAAGACAUAACUCCUUCAGAGGGUUCUGCUUCCUUGCUCUUGUUCUAUGCCAGGCUUCAUGGCUUUAUUUAUAAAGAAUAUAACCAAUAAAAAGAUAUGUUUUAGCAGUUGAGCUGAUGAAUUUGAGAUAAAAUAUGACAAAAAAUAUGAGUAGUCAAACAUGCAUAUGAUCGAAUAAUUAAAUUAACAGAAUUGAUGAUUAGCGCAGAACUCUAAGUGUUAAGCAUAGUGGUAGUCAUUUAAAAGACGAUUAUCAUAUAAACAUGCAUUUCGGAAAGAUGGUUAAAAAAAAUGUACAAGCUUAAAGCGGAUAAAGUACAACUUAUAGUUUGACCACUUACUUUUUUUAUUUUUUUAUUUUUUACGUUGAUUCUUAAUGAGAUGUACUUUGUAUGAAUUACGUUUUUGUUAUAAAAAGCAAUUUUUACAAGGCCGAUGAGUGUUGCUGCUCUACUAAACUCCUUAAUGGAUGAGUCAUUUUCCUUAUAUAAAAGAUCUACUAUUGUUGGUGUGUUAUACUUCUAAUUUACCUUAAAUACAUCAGCUUGUUAAUUUAUUACACUCACCAAGCACCAAAUAAACUGAAAGAAAAAGAGGAGAGAGAAAAUGGAAGGAAAAAUCCCAGUAAUAGAUGCACACCAAAUUGAAGAAAAGUCAGUAAAAUUAAGAGAAAUCAUUGAAAAAUGGGGUUGUUUCAGAAUAAUAAAUCAUGGGGUACCCUUGAAAUUAAUGGCAGAAAUGAAAUCAGUUUCAAAGGAAUUGCUUGAUCUUCCAAUUGAGAUCAAACAGCAGAAUGUGGAUGUGAUUCCAGGAAGUGGGUAUAUGGCACCAAGUCAAAAUAAUCCAGUUUAUGAAGCUUUGGGACUUUUUGAUGUUUCUUCUUCUCUUUCUAACUUUUGUUCCCAGCUUCAAGUUUCUCCCCACCAAAGGGAGAUCAUUGAGAGCUAUGCACGAGCAACACACAAGGCUGCAAUAGAUAUUGCAAGCAAGAUGUUGAUGAGCUUGGGUUUGACAGAUUACAAUUUCGAAGGUUGGCCUCUUCAGUUCAGAAUAAACAAGUACAGGUUCACCCCUGAGGCAAUAGGCUCCUCGGGUGUACAGAUCCAUACAGACUCUGCAUUUCUUACAUUUCUGCAGGAUGAUGAAAAUCUUGGCGGUCUUGAAGUCAUGAAUGAGUCGGGUGAAUUUGUUGCUGCUGAUCCCUUACCGGGAACAAUGGUUGUCAAUCUUGGUGAUGUUGCUGUGCUAUGGAGCAAUGGGGUUCUUCGCAAUGUGCAGCAUCGGGUUCAAUGCAAGGGUGCAGGGGUACGUGUGUCAAUUGCAACAUUCCUUUCACCACCACAAGAUAAAAUAAUUGAAGCUCCUGCAGAGUUUGUUGAUGCUCAACACCCUCGCCUCUAUGCUCCCAUAACAUAUAGAGAGGUAAGGAGGCUUCGCAAUUCAAAGAAGCUGCAUAGCGGAGAAAUCCUAGAGCUGAUUCGAUUAGGUAAGUAGGCCGUACAGCAUAUGCUAAGUUGGCCAUGAUAGCACAAGGAUCUUCCUGUCACCGUAAAAUAAAAUAAAUUAAAACAGGACAUCAUUCUUUAAUACUGAGUGUAUUAUUCAAGUGAUAGUUGUUAGUCUUGUUACAGAAUCUGAUAUCACUUGAAGAUGAUAUUUCACUGAUUAUCUACUUAAUGAAGAGUGUUAUUGCUAUUU